AUGAAAGAAAUUGUGUUGAGCAUUGUUGUAGCCUUCUCUCUCACCACCCAUCUUGCCAUGGCAGUGCCCUCCGACUAUGGAUAUCAAGUCGUCCCUGGAGCCACACAUCUUGUGGGUCGAGAUGGAUUGUGUUUGGAGAUGUCUCCAUGGUUUUACAAAGGUAGUAAUUUUCCAACUCGAUUAUCACCCUGCAACGAACAAAAGAAACAAACUCAGUUAUGGACUGUUCUCCAAGAUGAAACGAUUCGACCAAUGAAUGAUAGAUAUUGCUUGGUUUCUUACGUCUCUGUUAACUUCAUAACCAAUGUGGUAGUAAGCGAGUGUGCUAAAGAGCCACAUUCUAAUAAGAAAUGGAUCCAUAAGGAGGACAGAACCAUAGUCCAUGUUGGGUCAGGAAUGGUUCUAACAGGAAAUUCAAACUAUGUGACAGUACAAAGGAACAAAAAUGCACCAUCACAAAGCUGGGAAGCAACAAAAAGUUUAACCCCAAUGGUUGCAAACAUAAAAUGGCUUGAAAACUUGUGUUUGCAAUCGACGAAAGAUUCGAAUUAUGUACAGUUGGAUGGAUGUAAUAGUGAAAAUAAGAGCCAACAUUGGUCAUUGUAUGGAGAUGGAACCAUUAGAAAACAUGUGAAUAGAAACUAUUGCUUGACUUCUGAACAAGAUUUUGGUCGUUUUGUAGCUGUGUCUAAAUGUGAAGACAAACCACAACAACGUUGGGGUCUUGGUGCUGAAGACAAUACAAUUAACCAUCCCAAUACUGACAUGGUCAUGGAUGUGCUUAGUGUGCCUUUUGAUGAUCUUCCAUUAGCGGUCGUUACAAACCACCGUGAUGGAACUGCUACCCAACGAUGGAUUAUUUACUAAUUAAUCAUAUAAAUAAGAAGCUAAGGGAUAUGUGAAUAAGCACAAACUAAUGCACGCAAAUGUCUUUUGAACUUGUUAACUUUCUUCAGUGCUUACUCUAUAAGCACCAAUAAAUAUAGAUCAUAUGAAGUGUUGAUUUAUGUGUAUAAUUCUCUCUUGAUCAAGAUAUUUCUUUCCUUGAAAAA